AUGUCUAGCCUCGAGCAGAGAUUCGAGGAAUUUGCCAAGAAAAAUGAGGCCGUCAGGGAGGCAGAUAUCGCCGCUAUCUUCGACGAGGCAAAGCCCGUCGACCCCGAGCACAUGAUCGGGCAAUGGGAAGGUGGAAGCUUCAACACCAAUCAUCCCACCCACGAGUUGCUUAAGACGGUCAAAUGGGCUGGAAAGAACUUCCGCACAGUUGACGAUGUGGAGCCGAUUAUGUUGUAUGAUGAGGCUGGUGCACGAGUGUGGGCAAAGGAUUAUGGAAACGCUCAGCUACGUGAGGUCAAGUUCCGCGGCGUUAUUUCCACUGCUAUGAUCUAUGACAAACUUCCCAUCAUCGAUAGCUUUCGCCACAUCUCGAACAACGUGGUUAUUGGCGCUAUGGACAACAAGGAAUUACCUAAGGAAGCCGGGACAUACUAUUUCUAUUUGCGAAAGAUCGCGGAAUAA